UGGAAUCACUGUGCCAUCUUACACCCAUAACAGUAACGACUGUGUUGGCAUCAAAAUCCAUAGUGUGAACUAACUUCCUAUUUAGCGUUGAUUGACAUGGUAAUCGACCAAUAGUAUUGGAGAAAAGUUGAAAAAACUGACCCCUCUGACGCUGUACAUUAAAGUGUGAUGUGUCACGGCGCAACUCAUUCUGUACCUUACAGCCUCUUUCUGUCAGGAGGAGCGCCUCUCUCGCAGAUGAAAAACAAGAAAUGAUCAAUGCCUACCAAGAGUCUCCAUUGAACAACGCCUAAAACGGGAAGCUAUUUGAAUCCAAGAAAAUGGUGUCUGUAUCUGUGAUUGCCAUGGCAGUUGGAACUGGUACGGUAGCAGUGUUCAUGGCCCCUUGUGCUUUGGGAGCGAUGGGGUUCGGUGCUGGUGGGGUUGCAGCUGGAUCAACCGCAGCAGGCAUGAUGUCUUCUGCAGCUGUGGCCAAUGGAGGUGGGGUAGCAGCAGGGAGUCUUGUUGCUGCUCUACAGUCAGCAGGAGCUGCAGGACUCACCAGUGUGGCCACAGCGGUUGUGGGAAGUGUAGGCGCGGCAGCCGGUGGAGCGGUGGGAUGGGUGUCCUCUAAGUUCAGGGGGUGACCUUAACAUUCAGCCGUACUGACGCUGGGGACUCAUCCUCGCUAUGAUUAUAUUGAUAAUAAAAUUGAUUAUACUGAAAA